CCGGUAGGUCAAUCUGUGACUAUUUCCGGGUGUAAAUAUAAUCUGCAUGUUGCCGUAACAGAAUCUUCAGUACGUUUCGGUUUUACGUAUAUUAAAUUGGAAACAAAGAUGUCCCGAGGAUCAAGUGCAGGAUUUGAUCGCCAUAUUACUAUUUUCUCGCCCGAAGGUAGACUUUAUCAAGUAGAAUAUGCCUUCAAGGCCAUUAACCAGGGUGGUCUCACAUCAGUUGCUGUCCGGGGUAAAGACUGUGCUGUUGUUGUCACGCAGAAAAAAGUUCCAGACAAGCUCCUGGAUGCUUCUACUGUCACUCACCUGUUCAGAAUCACAGAAAACAUUGGCUGUGUGAUGUCAGGGAUGACAGCUGAUAGCAGGUCUCAGGUUCAGAGAGCACGCUAUGAAGCAGCUAACUGGAAAUACAAGUAUGGUUAUGACAUUCCAGUGGACAUGCUCUGUAAGAGGAUCGCUGACAUCUCUCAAGUUUACACACAGAAUGCAGAAAUGAGACCACUCGGUUGCUGCAUGAUUGUGAUUGGUCUGGAUGAUGAAUAUGGGCCCCAGGUUUAUAAGUGCGACCCAGCAGGCUAUUACUGUGGCUUCAAGGCAACAGCAGCUGGUGUCAAACAAACUGAAGCCACAAGCUUCCUGGAGAAGAAAGUGAAAAAGAAACAUGAUUGGACUUAUGAGCAAACCAUCGAAAUAGCAAUAAGCUGCCUUUCCAUGGUUUUGUCCAUUGAUUUCAAGCCUUCUGAGUUGGAGGUUGGUGUCAUCACAGCAAAGGACCCUAGAUUUAGGAUUCUCUCUGAGUCAGAGGUGGAUGCCAACCUGGUAUCUUUGUCUGAGAGAGACUGAGCUGUAGAAGAGCCCUAGUACUGCUGAUGUAGGACCCUGUUCAGGACUGGUGCAAGCCAAGGUCCCCAUGUAUAUUUCCCCUGUUCAUUAAAGAUGUUUUUGAAGAAAACAUGAA